AUGGCCUUCUCACUGGGUAAAAUCGUGUUCAUUCUGCGCUAUAUGAUCUUUGCGAUCCUGAUCGUAACAUCCCUAAUCGCGUUCGCCGUGAGCGCGCACUUCCUCAACCUCACCAGGACCAACUUCGGAGGAUAUUUCUAUUUUUCGCCCCUCGUAAUUGCAGUUGGAGCCUUUUCGUUUGUCAUAGAAGGUGGCAAACCUGCUAGUUUCUUGUUGGACUUGAUCACGAGGAGUAAAAUCUUUACCUCGAAGAUUGCGUUCGAAGUCGGAUUUCUGGGCUUUCUGUUUUGCGCGUGGAUGGGCGCAGCUGGAUAUUCUGCAUGGACGAAUGAACAGGCGUUCGGCAGCAGCAACGAGUGCAAUUUCCGAGACGACGUGUUGCGAUCGAUGUGUUUCGAAUUGCCAGUGGUCGUCGCAUUCUCUUUCGUCUCCGCUUUCGUCUGCCUCUUUUACUGUGGUUUGCUCGUCCUCUUCGGCGUGCUUCGUCGUCAGCACAACAUCUUUGGCAAGUCGGUGCGCGAAGCUUCUUUGAUCGACACGACUCCAGCCAGCGCUACCUAUACGGCGAAGCAAGACCACUACAAUGGGGCGCAACCGGUGGCGUACGGCCAACAAUCUCCAGUGAUGCAAGGGUAUUACACUCACGCCAUACCCCCCAUGCAAUAUCCUGGGGGUAUACAAGCUGCUCCUAGUCCGUAUCAGACUUCGACACCCAGCAGUGGCCCGAUGUCGAUGUAUCCCCAGCCACAAGGACCACAGCAACCAUCUCCUGCUGUGGGGUACCCCGCCCAGGCUCAGCAACCAUAUUAUCCUUCCCAGUAA